AUGGCCAGCAGCGCCCCCUCCUCGGUAGCCCGCCGGUAUUCGCGGAGAGCGGGCAGCAGCGCGGGCAGGGCGGCGGUGUCGGCGGCCACGCCGGGGGGCGGCCCGGGGGUGAGGCGGAGGGCGUCGAGCAGGGCGGGCCCGUGCGGCGGGAGGGCCCUGGCCCAGGGGAAGACGGAGCGGGCGCGGUGCAGGAAGCACACGGCGUACCCCGCGGCCACCAGCCGCUCCGCCGAGGCGGCCCCGCGCCGCCCGCUGCUGAAGUUCUCCAGGAACCGCACGGCGCGCGCCUCCAGCGGCACCUGCGUCCCGCCCGACGUCACCAGCGCCACGCGCCGCCCGCGCGCCGCCUGCCCCGCCGCCCAGAAGGGUCGCCUUGGCAACGGGGGUGGGGGCGGAGUCUCCUCGGCGGAAGUGUCGCCUUGGCAACGGGGUCGCGCUGGAGGGGCCCGGGCGGUGCGAGCUGUGCGGGGCCGCGGCCCGAGUGCGCUGUGCCCGCUGCCGCGUGACCGCGUACUGAAAUACAUCAUGGAUGUGGCCUCCAGCACAGCCCAGGAGUUUAUUUUGGCUGGCAAGCACAAAGAAGCCAUCCCGGCCGCUUUCCACGCGCUGCGUUUCGGCAGCGCCGUGUUCGGCCCCCGUUCCGCGCAGCUGGUCCCGGCUUAUCUGCUCUUGGCCGAGGCCUCCAUUGGGAAAGCAAAGGGCGAGCGGGCGGCGGUGGCUCCAUUUCUACACACGAACUGGCCGUUGGUGCGGGUUUGUCGGUGCGUUGCAGGCGCUGGGGAUGUCCCGCAGGCCGGCCGGUACCUGUCGCAGGCGCAGUGGAUCGUGCUGGGCGCCCCGGGCUGCGGCGGCGCCAUCCAGUCCCGGCUGCAGCGCGGGCUGGGCCAGCUCCGCGUCGCCGAGGGCAACCUGCAGCAGGCCCUGCACCACCUGGCCAGCGACGUUUACCUCGCUAGUUCUACAUUCGGCCUCAAAUCCCUGGAGGCCGCCAUGGGGUAUUUCCACAUGGCGAACGUCUUCUUUCGCCAGAACAAAAUGGACAUCGCAAACUCGCUCUACGCCAAGGUAACGGCGCUCUGGUGUGACCGUCUCCUGAGCGCGGUGCAGGCGCACGAGCGAGUGCUGAGGUCGCGGUCGGACACGUCGCCCUUCGCCGAGGACGAGGACGUUGCGGAGCAGCAGCUGACCGAAGCCCAGCGAGUGGAAGGGACGCGAGUGCUGAGCGCGGUGCUGGAGAUCAGGUCGCAGGCGCCGAAGCCGGAGCUCGGGGAGAUGGCCCGUGUGCUGCACGGCCUGGCCAUGCUGCACUACCUGGGGCUGGACCUGCCCGCGGCUGGCAAGAUGGGGCUGAAAGCCUUAGAGCUGGUGAAACAGCUGCCCCAACAGGAGUCUCUAGAACCCAUCGCUCGUUUGUUAAGGCUGAUUAACUCCGCGCCUUCCCACGCGAAAUAAAGAACCGUUCCUGUCGUCAGGGUUCGGCUGGUUGGCGGGUGGAGAAGAACCGGCGCCACGAGCCCCGGCCAGAUGUGUCCCCUCUGGCUCAAGGUGUUUGAAAUUAAACGUUGUGGAGCGGGUUCAUCGUCACGCGCUGCUCGAGCUCUGCCGACCGUUACGGGAUAACGGCGUGAGGGUGGGAAGCAAAAGCACAGUGACACGCUGCAUAAAUCAUCGUCUCGUCAUUAUUUAAUCAUUUAUGAAUAAGAGAACAGCCUCUUGCAUCCUCACGUUGUCCAGAAGCUGAGAGCAGCUGUGAUGUAUUUGUUACUAGUCUCCUCGAUUUGCUGUUCAGUUUGACAGGGGAAGGGCGUCACGGUGGCCCUGAGGCGGGUGGUCACCCAGGACCUGGCCGGGCUGCUCAGCUGUGACACAUCCACAGGGUUUGUCUGUCCCCAAAUCCACGUUGUUUUUGCUGAGCUUUAGAGGAACCCGGUGGCUCUGGGCACCGAGGGACGCGCAUGUUCCUCUUGGGGAAGAACUCGCAUCCGGGAGGGCGCAGGACAAGGGCGCGAGGGACUGUACCGCCGUACCCACGGGUGACGCACGGGUGACUCCGCCGGGAGCUCCCACCCCAAAGCCAACGCAGUUUUGGCACGGUUGGGCACUCACGUCCCAAUAACUGCGACACCAGCCCCAGGAGGAGAGUGUCCCCAUGUCACCAGGCCCACAGACCCCCCCGAGCACCCCAACCAGCAGCCGCCCCAACGAGAGGGAACGUGUCACCCUGGCUGUGAGGGGACGCUGGGGAAGGGGACCCCGGGAGAGGGGACAGGCUGGGGUCACACAGCGGAGCGUGUGACAGCCCCGCACAGCCGGGAACGAGGCCCAGGGAACGCGGCCCCGCUGCGAAGGGCUGAGUUCAGCUGAGCUUUAAGCCUGCGAUUAAGCCUCGUUUACUUCAGGAGGAUUUACGAACGCGUUUAAUUGUCUCGCUGAGUUGGGACGGAGUCAAGUGCGCUUUGUAAACGCUUCGUCAAGCCGGGUCCUGAGCAAUGAGAAGGGAUCGAUGCUGCGGGGAGAGGGAAAAACCUCCACUCCCCAACGGUUCGUCACGGGGGCUGGGACGGUGCUGGUCGGGGAGCACGAGGGGCCCCCCCAGGUUUGGGGAACAGGGUGGAGAGACCCCAGAAUCCUGCAGGAGGUGCUGGGAGACACCCCCCCCCACCAGUGGGUCCCUCCAGGGCUUCACCAACCACCAGCGGGGAUUUGGGUCACGGGGAUUUGGCGCCGGGGCCCGGUGGUGACUGAUCCCCGGGGACGCGGCUGAGCUGACACACAGCGGCUCCGUGUCGCUGCUCAGCGCCACGAAACGCGCCGUGGAAACCAACUUUGCACAGGGCCGAGCGUCCCCCGGAGCCGGGCGGGCGGGGAAGUGUUUGCACAGGUACGGGAAGAACCCCGGGCAAAUAAAGAACAUUUUUGGGAGCUUGGAAAGAUUUUACAAGAGUUAUUUAGUGCGAGACGCUGCAACAGCCGCUUCCAGCGCCGGCACUUCGGGGCAAAGAGACAUGGCAAUAAAUCGAGAAGAAAUGCCUGAAGUGACCAAGAUGUGCGUUUCUUUGCCCGAAAGUGUUGAGACUCGCAGCGCUUGGCACCUUCUCAGCUCGAGGGGAAAGGAAAACCCAGCAAGAAGCAGCAACUCCGUCCCCGCCUCGCUCGGGACCUGCAUCCCAAAGCUGCUCCACGUCCAGCUGGGGACGAGGUUUGGGGUGUGGGGACAAGAUUUGGAUGUUUUGGGGUCACGCAAGGGGAUGCAGCAGCUCCCAGCUCCACCCCCGCACCCCCAGGGUCCCACCCGGGGUCCCUCAAGACAAUUCACACCCGGCGGGGUCCCACGGGGCCCCGGUGAGGAUGAGGAGGACGCGCUGAGGAAGGUUCCGCCCGCUCAGCCCCAAUAAAGGCACCGGAGGCAGCAGCUGGGUCGCUGCAGACAUUCUCCUUUAUUGUCAGCACAUCACACACCUUCCUCCCUUCCCUUGGCACUUGUGUAUAUAUCCCCCCCCGCACGCUCGGUGGGUGCAGAGACACCAGCAGUUCAGCACAGGGUAUUUUUAUAUAUAUAUAUAUUUUUUCCCCCCCUUACCUUUAUUUUCUUCCAAGCGUGGUCAAGUGAUCACAAUCACUUCCAAACCAAGACAAAUAAAUUAAAAGACUAUUAAAAAACCCGCCUGUGGCGUCGGGAAUGUGCCGGAUCUCCCGCACCAGCUGCACACAGGGAGGGGGGACUUGUUUCCUCUUUUAUCUUCAGUUUUGUUUGAAAAGGACAGUAUUUUCUCUUUUGUUUUUGUUGUAUUUUUAAUAUACUACAGCCUGAAAUUCAGUGCAACAGGUACAACUACAGUGCAGGUAAUGAACUAUACAAAACUCAUCCUAACCAUGUACAAGCUGUUCUGGAGCCUCUAGAGCCUCUACCCUCUGUACCUUGUGUGUACAUUAUACAGUGUGAAUAUACUCCGAGAAUAUUUACAGUACGUUGCUCGUCAAAUCAGAAACGCUAUAACUUAAACGUCUACUAUUAACAACCAUUGAACAAAAAUAUAU